AUGGCGAAGGUAAUCGGCCUGAUAAAUUUUCAUAUGAUUUUGGCAGUCCUGGCAGUGUUUGGCAGCUACCUCGUGAUCAGAGCGUUUCACAAAUUUUUCAGACUGCGGACAGAGUCCAACAUCAUUCUGGUCAGUUUGUCCGCGGCGGACGGUAUCCUGGCGAUUCCUUUGAUUCUGGACGCCAUCCAUAGGAUUGUCGAUUUAAGCCCUCAGUUCCAAAGGAAGCAUCAAGCUCUAUGCAUAUCAAGCGCAAUUAUCUGCUUCUUCCUCAUCUCGGUUAUCAUUCUUCACUUGGCGUUAAUCAGCGUGGAACGUUUUAUUGCCGUCAUGUGGGCUUUGAGGUAUCGCACAAUAGUCACCAAUCGCCGUGCAGUGAUCGCGUGCAUCGGGAUGUGGCUGUGGAGUGUUGCCGUGGUAUUUCUUUUUCCAAAUGCGAUGACAGCUGGCAGCAGCGACGACUUUGACCAUUUCCGCCAAGCGAUCCAUCCCUGUUCUUGCAGUCAUGAUGGCCCCUUAGAUCAUCACCACCUGGCUCCGUCAACCAAAGGCUAUCUCGUCUUCUUGAUGAUAACAUUGAUGAUCAUACCUUUGAUGAUCAUUGUGUUCUCCUACGGCUACACCUUUGUUGUGUCCCAGCGGCACAGAAAAGAGAUCAGAGAACUGGGUGACAUUCCAAGAAUGGCUUCCAUCAAGCGCGAAAUGAAAGGCACCAGCACACUCGCCAUUGUUGUAACCAUCUGCUUUUUCAGUAUCAUUCCGUUGUUGGUCGUGACAUGCGUCCGUUUUUUUGGCGUGCCUCCAAAGCGAAAGUAUGUUAAGUUCAUUGUAUUCGACUUAGCAAGGGGCUUGAACGCCAUCUGCAAUCCUGUUAUCUAUGGAUGGAGAAACAAGGAAUUUAGAAGAGCUUUUCGAAAGCUCGUAAAGUGUUAUAAAUAG